AUGACCGAAUUGAAACAAGUUACAUUUUCACCAGAAGUAUUAGCAAGAAUUGCCCCUGAUGUAUCAUUGCAAAGACAUUUAGCAUUAGGUAUCAGACCCAAUUUGCGUAAUUUCACUGAAUUCAAACCAGUGGAAGUAUCUAACAGUACCCAAUUUCAAGACAACAAUGACAAUGUGUUUUCAUCUUCAGUAGUUAAGAGCGGUUCAACAACUAUUAUAAAUACCAUAACAUUAGGGAUUGUGGAAAAUUUCAAUAGCAAUGAAUCUAAAUAUGCCACUAUCUAUCCUUGUGUGGAAAUAUUACGUGGACGAUUAGGAGCUCCUACCGAUGAGGAAAUGAUUUUAUCGCAAGAUUUGUUUGAAACCAUAUACCAUAGCAAAAUAAUUCCUUCUACAAGUUUAAGAAUUAAUAAUUUGGGGAUUUCAAUCAAAGAUGACCAGAAUCAAGGCAACUCCACCAUAUAUUAUCCAGAUUUGAAUCCUGAACAAUGGGAAUACAUUAAUCUCACAAGUCAUCACCAUAAAUUGUACUCCUUUGUAUUAUUGUCAAAUAUAAAAGUAUACUCUAAAAGUACAUCAACGAGCUCAUUGUUUGAUUUGUGUUAUUUAUCUAUGCUUGAAGCAUUGAAAUCAUUGAAAUUACCCAGAUGUUAUGUAUCAGAAAGUUUCAACACCAAAGUUGCCAUGAAAUCACGUAGAUCAAACACUAGAGGGUUGGUUAAUACCAAUAAAGCAAAUAUAAACAUCGAUUUGAACAAAUCAUUAUAUGAAAGAAUAGGUUUAGAUAUAAAAAGGGGAACAAUUGCUAGCAAUUAUGGUGUUGUUUCACAUGAAGGUAACACUAUAUUAUUGGCUGAUUUAGAAGGCGAAGCUGAAGAAAGCUCGGUAUUGUCUCGUUUAUCAAUUAUAACAAAUAAUGAAAGUAUAAACAAAAUAAGUUUGGUCAAUGGCGAUCCGGAAAGUGAAAUUACAUUAGACAUGUUAAAAGAUGCUAUUGAAAUGAGUAAACGAAGAAGUAGAGAGCAAGGCCAGCAGAUAUAA